AUGGUGAAACCUCUAGUCUUGUCGUCAGGACUGGGGCGAGCAGGAUAUAGAACCAGACUGGCCGUCCAAGCUCUGACGCUAUUGGUUCUGCUAUGGACAUUUUCAUUAUGGACACAAACCGAAGCGUUGGAGCAAGACAGAUUGGUAGAAAAGCGUGUUGAUGUAUUUCGGGAUUUAGAGUCACUGCUCCAUGCUCAUCGGGCCUCUAAUAGGAAGUUGUCAGAUCAUGACUCCAUAUAUGAGGCUCCUGAUAUAUUUCGGAGCCUGAAUGAGACUUCGGAUGCGUCAGAAAGUGCGAACAGUGUAUAUGUUUUGCUAAGCACUCACGUCUCUCGGCCUCGCCACUGGAUGCGCAAAAGCAUCGCUCGCCUCCUUUCUCUGAUAGGAGGGUCAAAUCAAGCCAUACUGGCAGCAGCCAUUUUCAUUGCUAUGACUACUGUGCAAUUUCUAUUUCCAAAGAGUGGCCAAUCCGCCAAUGGUGCUUCUCCUGGGCCUAGGUCUCCUAUGCAUUUAUCACCAAUUCUUGUUGAUAGUCGAGAUAAAAAGGUCAAUGGAGGGCCUAGGCCUGUGCUUGUUAAGAAUAAAACUCUUAAUGGGCGCCCUAAUGAUGAUGAAGUACGAGCUAUGAGUGAUGAAAAAGUUGCUGAACUCGGGUCACGGGGUACGGUGCCCCUUUACAGCCUUGAGAAACUUUUACAAGACCCAGCAAGAGCCGUGAGUGUUAGGCGAAAAGCUAUUUCCCGUCAUGAAUGUAUGUCCCUAUCAAACUUCUCCUUGGAAAAGUCCAAUCUUCCACAUGAUGGUUAUGACUAUGGAAAAGUUUUGGGUGCAUGCUGCGAAAAUGUGAUCGGGUACAUGCCUCUUCCAGUCGGUGUUGCAGGCCCAUUGAACGUGGACGGAACUCGCAUUUUUAUCCCUAUGGCUACUACAGAAGGCGCUCUUGUAGCCAGCACAAACCGGGGCUGCGCUGCUAUCAAUUCUGGUGGCGGUGUUGUCACCGCCUUACUUGCAGAUGGAAUGACCCGUGGGCCAACUGUUCGCUUCCGCAACCUUCAACGUGCUAGCGAGGCAAAGGCUUGGUUGGACUCAGAGCACGGGUACCGAUCAAUUGAGGCAGCAUUCAACUCCACUAGCAGAUUUGGGCGCUUACAGAGCGCUCGAUCAGUUAUUGUUGGAUCCGAACUAUUCAUCCGUUUCAAAUCAUUUACAGGGGAUGCAAUGGGGAUGAACAUGAUGUCAAAAGGCGUGGAAAAGGCCCUCGCGGCCAUGGCUGAGAAUGGUUUUGAGGAUAUGCACGUCACCUCGCUCUCCGGAAACUACUGCACGGAUAAGAAGUCCGCUGGAGUUAACUGGGUUGAAGGCCGUGGCAAAAGUAUCAGCGCACAAGCAACAAUACCUGGAGAAGUUGUGAGGACAGCUUUGAAGACCGAUGUAGAUACCUUGGUUGACCUCAAUAGGAGCAAGAAUCUCACAGGAAGUGCUGUCGCUGGGUCUAUUGGGGGUUUCAAUGCACAUGCUGCCAAUAUUGUUACCGCGAUAUUCAUUGCAACAGGCCAAGAUCCAGCCCAGAACGUGGCAAGCAGUAGCUGUCUGACCACAAUGACAAAGGUUGGCGAGGAUCUUCAGAUAUCUGUGUAUAUGCCCUCAAUCGAAGUUGGAACUGUUGGUGGUGGGACGAUUCUAGCGCCCCAACAGGCAAUGCUUGACUUAAUGGGUGUACGCGGCUCGAAGGAAGAGAGUCCCGGAGAGAAUGCACAGAAACUUGCUAGAAUCGUGGCAUCUGGGGUGCUUGCAGGGGAGUUGAGUCUGUGUUCCGCACUUGCGGCUGGUUCGCUGGUACGAAGCCAUAUGGCACAUAAUCGCAAAUGA